CGUCACCAAGUUGCAGUCGCACAUUCACUCCGCAUGCCGCAGUCUCCAAGGACGCAGGCAAAGUGAUCUCGUUGAUCUCGUUGAUCUCGCACCUUGGUGUCUGUUGCAUAAGUUUUAUGGUGGCGCGCAGGUAGCGGUGGCGAGCGGUUUCAGACACAGGCGUCAACAUUUGUCGUGCUAUUGGUGGGAUAAUAAUAGUAGAUGUGAGUGUGGCAGCAUUUUCAGUCUCCCCUUAACUGAUCGCCCGGGACCCUCGACGCAUACUCGGGGCGUCGAGGUUACUAGUUAGACCAUCAUGAUGAUGUUCUCACGCUCGAAUGGUACGAACCACUCGCCUGUGGUGCAGCAGCAAGCCUUCCGGAAGCUGACUGAGAUGAUGCAUUCAAGCUCCGAGAACCAGUGCUGUGCAGACUGCACGUCGCGUCUAAACGACUCCAUCUGGGCCAGUACAACCGUCGGUGCGUUCCUGUGCAUUAAUUGUGCGGGCGCUCACCGCAAGCUUGGCGUCCAGCUCUCGAGAGUCAAGUCGCUUCAUCUCGAUACAUGGACAGACGAGGAAGUUGCAGCGAUGAAGGGGGGCAACAAGACUGUCAAUGAGAUCUACAACAAAUAUUUUGACAAGUGGCUUAAGGUGGACGCAUCACUGGAGCUGCUACCUAAUGCAGCUACAGAUAUUCGCGAGAAAUGUAUCCGCGCCAAGUACGAGGUGAAGCAGUUUACAAAGUUGCCGGUUCCGAUCGAGGAGAAAAACCAGGAUAGCCCCGAAAACCCCGAGGAAACAAAUUCUUCCACUCCGCCCAGUAGACCGACGGAAGCCAAUCAGCAACGAAGCCCUGCACGGAAAAUGCAAAGCGCAGAACCGACUGUGAUGAAGGCGGGUAAUGUUGUGGAAGUGACAAAGCGCUUUCUCAAUUAUUUUGUCGUCGUGGGUCGCGGUGCAUUGAUUCCCGACCAAAACAUUGAGAAAACGAAGAGUCCAACAGAGAUACGAUUCCUCCCGGCUGUGCUUGACAUGUUUCCAGACGAGUAUAGAGACUCGCCACUGCCCGCUCAUCUUGCCGAUUUUGCGUUUCCAGAGGGUUUUGUGUUGAACAAAUCCUACGUCGCGCCCGUGUUCUUUUCGUUUGUUCUAACAAACGUGAGUGGAGUCAAGAUAUACGCAUGUGCGUUAAAAUUUUACGAAGAACUUCACCCGCUGGAAGUUGUAUCAUUAAUAGCGCCGCACUAUCAUCGACAGCGCCACCGUCGGCGUCCAUCGAGUAUUCCCCAUCAACCUGAAGAGAAAGAUGAUAACCAACGAACUCAACUGCCCCAGUGGGUCCAAGAUCUAUCAGGAGAUGUGUCAAGCGCUCCUGGGCCAGUGUUUUGUCCAAAAUGCGUUGUAGUAACGUCGCUCUACCCAUACUUCUCAGCUGUUCGCCAGUUCCUUCAGCAGAUUUAUCGAGUGACGUUAUCAGAAUCGCCGAUGCCAAUUGAAAGGUAUAUUGCGAACUUCUUGGUGGAAAUCCCGCUGCCACCACCGGGCCAGAUACAAGUCCAGUUAACCUUGCCGGACCGCAAUCUGAUCAUUUCUCGCCCUCCAAAGAAUGAACUACCCCUUGUCGAUUUCCCAUUUCGGCCACUUUUCCAAGUUCUCGACAUGAACAAUGUGUUGCUAGUUUUCUCAUGUGUAGCUUUGGAGCUCAAGGUCGUGUUGUGCUCAAAGCAUAUCGGGCUGCUCACACCUGUAGGAGAGGCGCUCUUGGCGAUUUUGCUACCAUUUUCUUGGCAAGGGGCUUACAUCCCUGUCCUCCCGACGUCACUUCUCGAUGUCAUUGACGCACCUGUCCCUUUCCUAGUUGGUACUCACUCGGACUGUCUCAAGCAAAUAGCGGGUCGAUCCACCAACGUUGUCUUUGUCGACCUGGAUCACAACCGUGUUAUCCCUGCCGUGGAUGACUCAGGCAAAAACAUUUUAGUGCCAAAACUUCCCGAUCGAGAAGGUUCAAAACUGCGUGCGAAACUGGCGGAAGUAGCUAGUAUUUUUGAUCCGUAUGCUGCAGGCAUCAGUCGAGUAGAUCUGGCCUUUCCGAACGAAGAACACCUUGAACCAAUCGGCAACUUUGCUUCCGAUCACGGGCAAACUAUUCCCUUGUCAACGUCUUAUUCGGAGUCGAGCAUGUCAGACUCUCUCAAUUCACAUUAUUCGAUUGGCAAGAUCAAGCGCGGGAGAAGAUCUAGUGCUGCAUUUAGUCUUCCUACGUCAUCCCUGCCCCCGGCAUCCUCAACAGCGUUUUCACGAACCGGUUCGGGUCUGAAUCGACAUACUUUCUCUGCAUCGGCUUCGAUGGCGUCUGCAACGGGAAACGAUGCCAGCGGAGGGCUCACUGACAGUCGAUACAAUGAAACUGACAAUUUUUCAACCGAGGGUAUCCGUAAAGCGUUUUUACGCUUCUUCGUGACACUCUUCAAGAAAUAUGCAAACUAUCUGCAACCUGCUGUGCAAGGAGAAUCAGGAACAUCAGCGCUGUUUGAUAGCAAACGGUUCCUUCAAGACAAUUUCGAUGCUGCGUCCCGCCCGUUUGUUGCUCAAUUGAUUGCGACUCAGAUGUUCGACCGCUUCAUUGAAGACCGCAUAUUCAAUCCGCAACUUUCAGAAGUGCUCUUCUUUGACCAGUCGAUCAAUCAGAAGCUCAACCGCUCAUUGACAAUUGGCAAGAAGAAAUACGACUGCAGUUUCUUGGAGGACCGCUCGGAUGAAAUACAAGAGACAUUUAUUGCCCCACCUCCGUCAAACAUUGGUCUUCCAGACGACGGCACAAUCUACAAGUAUAAAGCAUUUCCACGACUGAAAAAAAACUUGUUCGGCAAUUUCAGAAAGCCCCGUGAGUUGUACAGUUCUCGAGAACAACAGCGUAAUGUAUCUCGAGUGAGUUUCCAUCACGGACUGUUUAACACAGCAAACAGGUCUCUCGUCAGCAGUGGCUCGAGCUGGGAAGCAACACGCCAGCUUAUUAUCAGCCUCCAGAAGCAGUUUCGAAUGUACAGUGCGCGAAAGAAAUACCGCAGGAAAAGAAGCGCUGCCAUAUCAAUUCAGAGAUGGGUGAUUGCUCGGAUGAAGGGAAAGGACGAUCGACAGCACUUUUUAGCACUACGGAACGGGGCUAUCAUGAUUCAGAAGAUCUAUCGCACGCGUUACGCAGUACAGAAGUACCAAAAACAACGCGUGGCACUCGUUAAGCUACAAUUCAUGGCUAGGGGGUUCAUUGUGUAUGCGCGAUAUCGACGCAUGUACCGAGGCUUCUGUUGUCUUCAAGCGUUAUGGCGUGGAAGCUUCUUCAAGCGUAGCUACAAGAAUCUGAAAUAUCAAGUUAUUCGAGCGCAGUGCCGCAUCCGAGGCUUCUUAUCGCGGAAACGUACUACUAAGUGGAAGAUUGGAAUGCUCGACGAGGUCCGCCGGAAGGUUUACGAUUUGUGGGAACGAUGUGACACACCUUUGCUUUACCGAUCCAAAUUCUGGCUCACAUUCAACCGGAUAGAUUUCUUCACUAUCGGGGUCUACCACGAAGAAGAAACUCGACUCAAUACGUAUUUUUCUGAAGGAAAGAUGCUUCCCGAUGUUACAGAUAGGUGUCGGUACUCUGAUCUGAAUCCACAAGACACAGUGAAGCAGAAUGAGGUCCGUGGAUCUACCUUUGCUGCAAUGAAGCUCAUCAUGAGCCCGAGAACGACUGGUCCUCACAAGAAUAUCAAAGAAGUUACUGCUAAAAGGAUGAAAGGCGAACGAAUUAAGAUAUACAACGGACUGAAAUAUCACACGCAACCUCCCGUUCAGGAGGAGUAUUACAAGAAAUUUGGAAUUGAACUGAACUCGAAGAGGAAGAAGAGGAGGCUAGCGGCACUCGUUUGGACCAACUACGCCACAGCCGAUUGUAGUGCUGAGGUUGUCAUAUCGACCUCAAUGAACUCUGACCAGUCUAACCCACUUCCAACUCAGAUCGAUCAUCAAAAACAGCUUCGUCUUCGCGAAGAUCUCGCGUUUACAGUCAACGCAGCGCUCAAGUCGAUCCGAGUCUCAACUUCCGGCUCUUCCGAUUCUUCGUCUUCGUCUCCGCUUCAUUUGCCCAAAGAUCGCGCGCUCGUCGACCUGCAGCACCAGGUGCGCCAUCUCGCGCUGCAAAAUCGCCGACUAACAGACGACCUAGCCGUGUCGACACGCGAGGCGAGCGAGUUGCGUUUGGAACUUCAAAACAUGAAAGUACAGCAACUACCGCAGCUGCAGCGCACUCGAUCCAGCAACAUGUAAAAGUAAUAGUCCAUAUAUACCUUGCUCUCUACCGUUCCUCGUCAAUUUGCAGUGGCAUGGUUGCCCAUGAGAGCAGCCAUUUUUCGGAGGUUGAAGUUGAAGUAUGUACACCA